CAAACUCAGGAAUUUUAUAGGCUCACUUCACCUAAAAAUUCCUUAGUUAAAAAAUCACUAACAAAUCAAAAAACAAACUUUCCUUCACUUUCUCAGCAAAAUCUAUAAAUUUUCCCGGAAAAUUCCCACCUUUCAUACCACAAAAUGGAAUUCUCCAAUGGCGAUCACUCAUUUUGCACCACGAGUCAUGACCCGUUAAACUGGGGAAUGGCGGCCGAGUCACUCAAAGGUAGCCAUCUUGACGAGGUCAAACGUAUGAUCAAUGAUUAUAGGAAGCCUGUGGUUAACCUAGGUGGCCGGACCUUGACUGUAGCGCAAGUUACCGCAAUUGCGAACCGCGACGUGGCCGGAGUCAAAGUCGAGCUGUCCGAGGAGGCUCGGGCCGGCGUAAAGGCGAGCAGUGACUGGGUUAUGGAGAGCAUGAACAAAGGAACUGAUAGCUAUGGUGUCACUACUGGUUUUGGUGCAACUUCUCAUAGAAGAACUAAGCAAGGUGGUGCCCUCCAAAAAGAGCUUAUAAGGUUCUUGAAUGCUGGGAUAUUUGGAAAUGGCACAGAAACUAGUCACACAUUGCCGCAUUCAACAACAAGAGCAGCAAUGUUAGUGAGAAUCAACACUUUAUUACAAGGUUAUUCAGGCAUCCGAUUUGAAAUCUUAGAAGCUCUUACCAAAUUUAUCAAUCACAACAUUACUCCAUCGUUACCUUUACGGGGCACAAUCACCGCCUCCGGCGACCUAGUUCCGUUAUCCUACAUUGCCGGCCUACUCAUCGGUCGACCUAAUUCCAAAUCUGUCGGUCCAAACGGAGAAUGUUUGGACCCUGCUCAAGCCUUUAAACUUGCUGGAAUUAGUACUGGAUUUUUUGACUUGCAACCCAAGGAAGGUCUUGCCCUAGUAAAUGGUACUGCAGUUGGUUCUGGAUUAGCUUCAAUGGUACUAUUUGAGACUAAUGUUUUAGCAGUUUUAUCAGAGAUUAUGUCAGCAAUUUUUGCUGAAGUUAUGCAAGGAAAACCUGAAUUUACUGAUCAUUUGACACAUAAAUUGAAGCAUCAUCCGGGCCAAAUCGAAGCUGCAGCGAUUAUGGAACAUAUUUUGGAUGGUAGUUCUUACAUUAAAUCAGCUGAGAAAUUACAUGAAAUUGAUCCUUUACAAAAGCCUAAGCAAGAUCGAUAUGCUCUUCGAACUUCUCCUCAAUGGUUAGGCCCUCAGAUUGAAGUAAUUCGAUCAUCGACAAAAAUGAUCGAACGUGAAAUCAAUUCCGUGAAUGAUAAUCCAUUGAUUGAUGUGUCACGAAACAAGGCAUUACAUGGCGGGAACUUUCAAGGUACGCCAAUCGGUGUUUCGAUGGAUAAUACUCGUUUAGCCGUUGCUGCAAUAGGUAAGCUUAUGUUUGCGCAAUUUUCGGAACUUGUUAAUGACUUUUACAACAAUGGUUUGCCUUCGAAUCUUACCGGUGGUCGUGAUCCAAGCUUGGAUUACGGCUUCAAAGGCGCUGAAAUCGCCAUGGCAUCGUACUGCUCGGAGCUUCAAUUCCUCGCGAAUCCCGUCACAAACCAUGUGCAGAGUGCAGAGCAACAUAACCAAGAUGUGAACUCAUUAGGGUUGAUCUCUGCUAGAAAAACAGAGGAAGCUGUUGAGAUAUUGAAACUUAUGUCAUCAACUUACUUAGUGGCUCUAUGUCAAGCAAUUGAUUUAAGGCAUUUGGAAGAAAAUCUCAAGAGCACAGUCAAGAACACAGUUAAUCAAAUUUCUAAGAGAGUUUUGACUAUGGGAUUCAAUGGAGAGCUUCACCCGUCGAGAUUCUGCGAAAAAGACCUAAUCAAAGUCGUCGAUAGAGAAUACGUUUUCGCAUACAUCGAUGAUCCUUGUUGUGCAAGCUAUCUAUUGAUGCAAAAGUUGAGGCAAGUUCUUGUUGAUCAUGCUUUGUUGAAUGGUGAAAAGGAGAAAAAUCCAACUACUUCAAUUUUUCAAAAGAUUGAAGCUUUUGAAGAUGAAAUUAGAACUCAUUUGCCUAAAGAAGUUGAAAAUGCAAGAAAUGAAUAUGAGAGUGGUAAUUCUGCUCUUCCAAACAAGAUCAAGGAAUGCAGAUCAUACCCAUUAUACAAAUUUGUUAGGGAGGAAUUGAGUACCGAUUUGCUCACCGGAGAAAAAGUCCGAUCACCGGGCGAAGAGUUCGACAAGGUUUUUUCAGCAAUUCGUGCCGGAAAGAUAAUUGAUCCCAUGCUAGAAUGCUUGAAGGAGUGGAAUGGUGCUCCUCUACCUAUAAGCUAAGAUAUGCUCUUACAAUCUUUUUCUUAAUAUUUUUAUUUUGGUUAUUACAAAGUUUUAUUGUCAUGUUGAAUUUGUAACUUAAAGAAAAAUGUAAUAUCAAACUUUAUGUCUUUAUGUUGUUAAUUUUUCUUAAAAUCAAAAAAUCUUUUUGGUUUUUUUUAUCUUUGUACUAUGAAGUAAAUUUCAAUACAAGUGUAUAAUUAACAAGUUUCUGUA